AUGAAGAAAGAUGGUUUCCGAAGAAAUAAAAAGAAACAUGUCAAUAAGUUGGAGCACGACCAACAUGAAUCAAGUGACGAUGAGUCUGAUGAUGAGACCGUGUGUGUUCUAUCAAUCAGGGACAGUGAUGAUGGAUACUGGGUUACCCCACUGUUAGAGAACAAUCCUGUACGGAUGCAAAUAGACACAGGUUCCCGUCUGUCCAUGGUGUCUGAGACAGUUUAUAAAGAGAAGCUACAACACCUUGCUCUUCAAGCAACAAAAUUAAAGUUGCGAACCUAUACUGGGGAGGCUGUUCCAGUUUUAGGAUUUGUGAAUGUGGCGGUGGAAUACAACAAACAGAAAAUGACUUUACCCCUAUACAUCAUUCCAGGAAAACGUCCAGCCCUAUUCGGCCGCAGAUGGCUAGAAGAGCUCAGACUAAACUGGCAAGAGGUUUUCCUUGUGGAUGAUGGAACCACGGGUUCCCUACGGGAGGUCUUGGAUAAACACUCCAAAGUUUUUGAUGGUGAACUUGGCAGCAUGAAAGACAUAACGGUUAAACUGACAUUAAAACCAGGAAGCACCCCAAAGUGUUUAAAGGCUAGGCCUGUUCCCUAUGCCAUCAAACCAAAGGUAGAGGCUGAAUUAGACAGGCUGGUUAAGAGUGGAGUACUGGAACAGGUGAGAACAAGUGACUGGGCCACACCAAUUGUUCCAGUAAUGAAAAAGGAUGGGUCUCUAAGACUCUGUGGCAAUUUCAAGGUCACUGUGAACCCAGUACUAACUGCUGAACAGUAUCCGUUACCCCUCAUUGACGACAUCUUCGCAGGUCUGGCUGGUGGACAAAAGUUUAGCAAGAUAGACUUAUGCCAGGCUUAUCUCCAGAUGCAUGUUGUCCCUGAAUCUCAGGAACUGUUGACUAUAGUGACACAUAAGGGCCUGUACAGGUAUCAGAGGCUCCCUUUUGGAAUUACUUCCGCUCCAGCCCUUUUUCAAAGAGCCAUGGACCAAAUUCUAAGUGGUCUUCCUGGGGUCCAGUGCUACUUAGAUGAUCUUCUGAUCACAGGAUCAAAUGAAAAGUCACAUUUACAGAACCUGGAAGCAACAUUACAAAGACUGGAAGACUAUGGUCUGAGAGUUCGACAAGACAAGUGUGAAUUUUUCAAAUCCUCAGUUGAGUACUUGGGCCAUGUUAUUGACAGUGCAGGACUGCAUAAGGCGCCAUCCAAAGUAAAGGCUAUCGUUGAAGCGCCAUCCCCAAAUAAUGUGACCCAAUUGAGAUCUUUUCUUGGUCUUCUGACAUACUACGCGAGAUUUGUGCCUAACCUUGCUAAUAAGCUGAAGCCACUACACGAGCUGCUUAACAACACCAAGACAUGGGAGUGGACCAACAGAUGCGAGACAGCUUUCAGGGAAGCUAAAAUGGCUCUGUCUAACUCUGAUGCCCUUAUGCAUUUUGAUCCCACACUACCCAUUCAGCUGGCUUGUGAUGCUUCGCCCUAUGGCGUCGGGGCUGUGGUGUCACAUAUAUUACCUUCAGGGGAAGAGAGGCCUAUCGCUUUUGCGUCACGGACCUUGAGCCAAGCAGAAGGCCGAUAUGCACAAAUUGAACGGGAAGCGCUGGCUAUAGUUUUCGGGGUGAAGAGAUUCCAUCAGUAUCUCUUUGGCAGAAAAUUCACACUACUGACAGACCACCGACCACUCACCUCUAUUUUCGGACCCCAUACCGGAAUCCCCUCCCUCGCGGCCAGUCGCAUGCAGCGCUGGGCCCUGUUAUUGUCUGCUCACCAAUAUGACAUUAAAUACCGGAAGGCGGACCUGCAUGGAAAUGCAGACGGGCUAUCUAGGCUUCCAUUGCCAGUCACACAUGCAAAGUCAAAACCGACCGAGAUCUUUUACUUCAAGGAUGUGGCGGCAGUCCCGGUAACCUCAGUUCAUGUGAAGAAACACACUAGGGCAGACCCUAUUCUGUCAGAGGUGGUUGAUAUUAUCACCAGGGGAAGGAGGGGUGUCAUGACUGAGAAUCUGAAGCCUUACCUGGUGAGGAGAAAUGAGCUGUCAGUCCAGUCUGGAUGCCUGCUGUGGGGCAAUCGCGUCAUCAUUCCGCCACCACUCAGAGAGAACGUGCUUGACGAGCUCCAUUCCGGGCAUUGUGGGAUGGUGAGAAUGAAAGAGAUUGCACGCAGCUAUUUCUGGUGGCCGGGACUGGAUGCAGCCAUAGAGGAAAAGGCAAAAUCAUGUCCUGACUGUCAGAAACUCAGAAAUCUCCCCCAGUUGGCUCCAUUACAUCCAUGGGAAUGGCCUGAAGAACCUUGGCAAAGAGUCCACAUAGACUUCGCUGGACCAGUAGAGGGCCGUAUGUUCUUAGUGGUGGUUGAUGCCCAUAGCAAAUGGCCGGAGGCUAUCAUAAUGCAGGAAACCUCCACAGAGAGAACCAUUGAAGAACUACGAUUGAUUUUCAGUCGUUUUGGAUUACCGCAACAACUUGUCAGUGAUAACGGCCCACAACUGGUGUCUAAAGAGUUCAAGGCAUUCAUGGAAGAGAAUGGCAUUCACCACAUUACAUCUGCACCGUAUCACCCAGCUACCAAUGGGCUUGCUGAAAGAUUCGUCCAGACUAUGAAGCACGCCCUCAAGUCUGGACAAGGCAGACGAUCACUAAACCAGCGCCUCAGUGCUUUUCUGUUGUCCUAUCGGAACACACCUCAUGCUACCACAAAGGUGUCUCCUGCCUCAGCUCUAUUCAACAGACAGCUCCGUACUCGUCUUGACCUUCUGAGACCUCUAAGGACAAAAGAGGUUGUUCAUCUUCAGCAGAGAGCUCAGGAGGGCAGCGGCAGUGAUGCCACCCAGCACAUCCUCAAGAUCCUGGUCGUUCAUGAGGCUGAUGGAGAGGAUCCAGUGGAUGUAUCCAUCCUUCUUGAGGGCAAGGAGAUGUUGCAAGGAUGCGUCAUUACCGCCUGUGCAGUGCUGCACAACAUCUGCCUCACAGCAGGGGACAUCCUGGAGCCAACUGAGGAUAUCCAGUAA